AUGCCCAAACCAAAGAGCCUGCUGAAGGAUUUUAAACCCAAGAAAAAGGCCGCAAAACAGGCAGCCCCAGUCACAGCCGAUGACUUUCUCGCCGCCGGUGUGGAGCUAGAAGAAGCGGGCGAGAAAUGGCGCGCAGGGGAUGCGGCCAAGUCCAUGCGUUUCUUCAUGCGCGCAAUUGCCAAUUACGAUGAUGGGCUGGUGAGGCAUCCCAAUGCUUUUGAUUUGGCUUAUAACAAAGCACGAGUGCAAUAUGCUAUCACUCAACAUCCUAAAUUAGCCGCCCAGCUCCCGGCUCCACAGGCCGAGAUCUUGCAAGUUGCGCUGCAAUCGCACCGAGACGCCUUGGUACUGGACCAGGAUAAUGCCGAUGUCCUGUUCAAUAGCGGUCAGGUUCUGACUAGUCUGGCGGAGGCGAUCUCAGAUGCCAAACAUCCUGCCGAGGAGCAAUUGAUGCAGGCUAGCACGUAUCUUCAAGAAGCGAUCGAGUUGUUCCAGCGAUGCUUGGUACUGCAGGAGAUGAAAUACACGGAGAUGCAAGAGGAGAUCGAGCAGAUGCAAUCUUCCACAGACGACCAGGCCCAGGAGCAACAGCAAGCUCCACCGCCUCCGGCCGAAGCUGAAGCCGAAGCUGAAGCCGAAGCCGAAGCCGAAGAUCCCCAGGAACAUUGGGCCGCCAUCGUCGAACCCGUCACUAAGAACACGCUAGUUGACACGGCCGUCGCGCAGCUAGACACAUUAACCGCACUGUGCAAUCUCCUCACUUCCAACCCCGGUGCCGGCGGCGUGGGCUGGGUGCAAGAGUAUUCUUCAGAGCUGAUCCAAACCCGCCUGCCCGCCUACAUGGAAGGCUCAGACAGACAAUACGAGGCAGCACUUGCACGUGCGAAGCUCGUCUGCGCGAUCCACGAGGUCCUGUACCGGGGCGGCCACACCGAUGUACAAACCUACCAGCAGGAAGUUGGACAAGCUUUCGGGGCCGAAUUGGACGUAUCGGCCGAUCCAGAGGGCCUAUGCCAUAAAGCGGACGCCCUGGUCUCCCUAAACGCGGCCUUUGCAGAAGUACCCCCGCACGAGGAUCCUGAAACACUGGCGCUUUCCAUCUCCACCCGGUGGACGUCGCUCUCGACGGCGCUGGAUGCCUUGACGGCCGCGACGAAGCUGCCGGAUGCAGAGAAUUUGCCUAAGAUCCACAUCGCGCGCGGGGAUGCGGAGAUGCAGCGGUGGCGAUUGGGUAGGGAGCCUUGGAACCAUGCUAUGGCGAAACAGAAUGCCGCUAUGCUCCUGCGCAACGCACAGACGUAUUACCGCGGCGCGGCGGCGUUGGCUCGGCGGGAUGGGGUGGCGGUGGAAGAACGUGAUGGGUCGUGUAAGGAGGCCAUUGCUGCUGCGGUGGAGGGUCAAAAUACCAAGCUGCAGGAGCUCAAGACCAGGUCCUUUGAGCAGGUGAUUGCUGUCGCGACGGAGAUGGUGGAAGACGGGAUGAUCGAAGCCACAGAGAUGAGCGCCCUGAUCUCAUAA